CGGCUGAGCUGCGCUUGCGGGGCCGUGCGGGGCCGGGCUGGGCGCUGCGUGCGGGGAAGGGUCGCGGCAGCCCUCGGGAGGGAAGGUGACAGCCCGGCAGCAUGAAGUUCCAGUACAAGGAAGACCACCCGUUCGAGUACAGGAAAAAAGAAGGGGAGAAAAUCAGGAAGAAAUACCCCGACAGAGUCCCCGUAAUUGUCGAAAAAGCACCAAAAGCCAGAGUACCUGACCUAGACAAAAGGAAGUAUCUUGUGCCUUCUGACCUCACAGUUGGCCAGUUCUACUUCCUAAUCAGAAAGCGGAUCCACCUGAGGCCAGAGGAUGCCCUGUUCUUCUUUGUCAAUAAUACCAUCCCUCCCACCAGUGCUACCAUGGGCCAACUGUAUGAGGAUAACCAUGAGGAGGACUAUUUUCUCUAUGUGGCCUACAGUGAUGAGAGCGUCUAUGGCAAGUGAGCACCACCCCCCAGGCAUGCAAGCGAGAUGGACUGAUGGAAUGGACUUGGGGGCGGGGAGGGGGGGGUGUGGGGGGAAUGUUGUAGAGGACGAAGGAGAAUGCCUGAGAAGAGGGAAGGAGAACUGGAAGUCAACCACAUGCACAAUGCCGUCACCUUCCAUGUAUUAAUUAUAACCAUUUUUUUUUAAAUUAAGGGGAGGGAGGGUAAGGGGACUGUGAACUGGGUGAAUGAAAGGGUCAGCUGAAAGGCUAACAAGGAGUUCUCUGCUGAGGGAUGGGCAGACUCCACUGUUCAUAGUUCUUCUCUUGCCACAGGUGGAAGUAGUUAGCCCUCACUAGAGGCUCUUAGACAAGCCAGUGUAGUGAAGCUCCAGGAGAGUGACUGGACAGGAUGGCCCUUUUGUGUAACCCUUUAAUUAGAUGCAGAAGGCAUGCUGUGUAAUAUACAUUGUCCUUGUCAUGCUUUGCCCGUGGCACGGGCUGCACUCCUGUGAGCAUUCCCUCUGCCCACACAAGUCUGUCCUGUGCUGACAGUCCUCACCCCAGCUUCUAUGUGUCAAGUGUUCCAAGGGUAUUGCGUUUCCCAUCAUUUCCAUCAGUAUUAGAAGGACUAACUCUGAGGGCUGAAAACUCCUUAGCUAUAAGACAUGAAGGUUGGGGAAAAGAAGGAAGGAAUUACUAUUUUUUUCCUUUGUUGCUUUAGUUGCAAGUGCUGGACAGAAAAAAUGGAGACAACCCGUUUGUUCUUUUCAGUGGACCCAACUGAUUAACUCCUAAGCAUAGAGCUAGAAAGGACCUCAAGAGAAUGACUAGCUUACUCCGGCUCUGAAGCAGGACUGAGUAUACCCAACAAGCAUGCCACAGCUGCCCAUCUGACUUGUUCAUAGUGAACUUGGCUAAGGCAGAUUCUUGAGGCUACUAAAGCUGUCUGUUCAGUUGCUAGCUACCCAACAAGUGGUAGAGCUUUUUUUCCUACUUAACUUUAGUUUCCCUUGCUGUGCAUGAAGGCAACUAAAUACCAGUGUUUUUAUUGGGAAACACAGAAAAAUAUCUGCCAGUUUCCUUGUACCAGUUUUCUGCAGUUUUGAAGAUGGCAGAAGUCCUGUGGGUUUAGCCUUCCCGUCCGUGUCUCAUCCCUGUACAGCCCUUGCACCACAUGCACAAGCAGAAGAAAUCAGUCACUCACAUGUGUGUUUUGCUGUUUUUUUGUGGUUAGACAACAAUGCUACUCUUUACCACAAGAGAAGUGCUUUUAGAGUUGGAGGGGAAGGAGAAGAGAUUCUCUGUAAAUUUUUUAAAAUAAUAUUUUAUUUUAAGCCAGUGUUCAUAGAAGGGUGCUAGAGAGAUUCUGUCCUGUGCAAGCCUUAUGCUGUCAUGCCAAAGCAGUUUCUGCCUAGUGGCACAAACAGUAGAUGUUCCCAUAACUGCCGUAACUCUGAUGAAGGCAUGGGGUUUGGGGAGUGAACUGACUUUCAGGAAAAUUCUGGGGGUUUAUGUAAAAAUCAGAGAACUGGACCUGAAGUACUGUAAACAUUACUACAUUUAAGAGAGGGACCAAGUGGGAGGAAAAGACAAGAAGGAUGAAGAAGAUGGACAGAUUACAAAAAGUUUAAGGUAUUUACUCUAUUUACGUGAUGUUAGAUCCCAUUUCUCUGCAUUCCUCAGGAGUGAGAAAUCAAGAUGAGAGCUCCUCUGAUUGUGGGAGACAGGAAAUCAGGUUUCAGCUGUCUCUGACACACAGGUACACAAGGCAAAGAGCAGGGUGGGAGCAUGAAGUGGAAGUCACUGGCAGAACUGUGUGAAGGUCAGGGAAGGCAGUGUAGUGAGGCAGGAGGGUUGCUGCCCAUUUGGUAUGGGAGAUAGCAGAUGAUUGCCUGUCUUUUAAUAGUCAGACCAGCUACCCCCAGGGUGUUCAGCCUCCUGACCUGGAAAAUAAGGGCGGAGAGCUGAACAACUCCCCCAGAAUCCAGGAGGACAUAGUUAAUGAUCUGCUUCUGCACCUAGACACACACAAGUCUAUGGGGCUUGAUGGGAUCCACCCUAGAGUGCUGACAGAGCUAGUCAGGGAGCUCGUUAAGCCUCACUCCAUCAUUUAUCAACUAUUCUGGCCAACAGAAGAGGUACCAGAGGACUGGAGGGUGGAUAAUGUGAUGCCCAUCUACAAGAAGGGCUGGAAGGAGGAUCUGGGGAACUACAGGCCUGUCAGCCUGACCUCAGUACCAGGAAAGAUCAUGGUGAGGCUCAUCUUGAGUGAGCUCACACAGCAGGUCAGAGGAUCAGGGCCAGCCAGCAUGGGUUUAUGAAAGGGAGGUCUUGCUUGACCAACCUGAUCUCUGUGACCACGUGACCAGCCUUUUGGAUGAGGGGAAGGCUGUGGACGUUGUCUCCCUGGACUUUGGCAAGGCCUUUGACACAGUCUUCCACAGCAUUCUCCUGGAGAAGCUGGUGAAUCAUGGCACAGACAAGUGUGCUCUUCUCUGGGUAAAAAACUGGCUUGAUGGUCAGCCCCAGAGAGUUGUGGUAAACGGGGUCAAAUCUAGUUGGUGGCUGGUCACCAGUGGUGUCCCUCAUGGCUCAGUUUUGGGGCCAGUCUUGUUCAAUAGCUUUAUCUAUGAUCUGAAUGAGUGCACCCUUAGUAAGUUUGCAGACAACACCAAAUUGAGUGGGAGUGUUGAUCUGCUAGAGGGUAGGAAGGCUGUGCAGAGGAACCUGGACAGGCUGGAUCUUUGGGCCAAGGCCAGUUAUAUGAGGUUCAAUAAGGCCAAAGGCCAGGUCCUGUAUUUUGGUCACAACUGCAGGCAACACUACAGGCUUGGGGAAGAGUGGCCAGAGAGCUGCCCAGCAGAAAAGGAAAUGAGGGUGCUGGUUGACAGCUGCCUUAAUAUGAGCCAACAGUGUGCCCAGGUGGCCAAGAAGGCAAAUAGGAAUAGCAUGGAAUAGCAUGGCCAGCAGAAGUAGGGAAGUGACUCGGCACUAGUGAGGUUGCACCUCGAGUACUGUGCUCAGUUCUGGGCCCCUUAAUCUGAGAAGGACAUUGAGGUGCUCGAGUGUGUCCAGAGGAGAGCCACCAAGCUGGUUAAGGGUCUAGAGAACAAGUCUAUAGGGUUGUAUAGUCUGAAGAAAAGGAAGCUUAGAGGAGGCCUCAUCACCCUCUACAGCUACCUGAAAGGAGGUUGUAGUGAGGUGGGUGUUGGUCUCUUCUCCCACGUAGAUAAAAAUAGGACCAGAGGAAAUGGCCUGAGGUUGCGGCAAGGGAGGUUUUGAUUGUAUAUUAGGAAGAAUUUCUGUACUGAAAGAGUGGUCAGGCCCCGGAACGGGCUGCCCUGGGAGGUGGUGAAGUCACCAUACCUGGAGGUACCCAAGAAACGUGUAAAUGUGGCACUUCAGGGUUGUGUUGAUGGCUGGACUCAGUGAUCUCAACCAGGUUGAGGUUCUUCUCAACCAGGAUGGUUCCGUGAUUCUAUGAGGGGGAGUGAGUGCAAAGGGUGCAGACAGAGGAGUCAUAAUGGGCAGACAGCAAAUCAUAGAAUCGUAAAAUGGUUUGGGUUGGAAGAGCCCUUAAAGAUCAUCUAGUUCCAAACUCCCUGCAUGGGCAGGGAUACCUCCCACUAGAGCAGGUUGCUCAAAGCCUCCUCCAGUCUGGCCUUGAACACUUCUAGGGAUCCACCCUCACACUAAAGAAUUUCUUACUAAUGUCUAACCUAAAUCUACCCUCUUACAAUUUAAAACCAAUAACCCUUGUCCUAUUGCUACAUGCCUUUGCAAAAAGUAUUUCCCCAGCUUUCUUGUGGGCCGCCUUCAGGUGCUGGAAAGCCUCCAUAAGGCUUCCUCACAGCCUUCUCCGGGCUGAACAACCCCAGCUCUCUCAGCCUGUCUUCAUAGCAGAGGUGCUCCAGCCCUCUGAUCAUCUCUGUGGCCCUCCUCUGGACUUACUUCAGGAGCUCCAUGUCCUUCGUAUGUUGGGGGCUUCAGAACUGGACUCAGUACUCCAGGUGGGGUCUCACAAGAGUGGAGGGGGAAAAAAAUGGGGAAGCAAAGGAUGAAAUGAGUGGGUUAGUAUUCCCCAGUUUUUCUUCCUGAAAUCCAGGUUUGCUGUUCCAUCAUGUGCUUAUCUGGAAUGAAUGUGUUUAGAUGAGUUUUACCUACUAACUUCAAUUUCUGCCUGUAGUGCUCAGUUCUCUAUUUUUGGCCUACUCUCCUUCAAUUACCAGGCUCUUUUCACAUCCUUUGGGUUCAAAUCCAUAUCUGUCUCUUGUUUUGAGAAGCUUUGAAUGUUCCAAAGCAGAGAACAGACAAAGGAGGCUUUCUAAGGUAAAAGGCAUAAUGUGGGCAGAUGGUGUGCAUCUCUGCUUCUGUCUCACUUGUUCACACAUGUGCUGCCAAGCACAUGGUUGUGUGUUGUCUCAAAUGGGCCAGUGCUUAGGCACACUCAGGGGAGAAAGAAUUGACAUCUGACGUGCUUGGUUUUGUGUUCAGACCUCCUCUUCCCUCCUGCUGGGUUUAUAAUGACGUGUGGGACUAAUCUCAGCCGUUUGUUACACGUAGAGUUUACAGAUUAAUUUAGUUAUUUCAUGGUUCUUUUAGCUGGGUUGUUGUAUUUUCUUCUGUUUUUUGCAUUAGUCUGUUACUGUGUGAGGUAAUAGUGGUAAUUGUUUUUUUGUGUUGUUUAGCUUCAGGUUCUUGUCAAGUUCAUACUACUUGAGCUAAAUCAACCAAUCAAUAAAGAUGCAUUUGAAAAUCA